AUGGCGGCCUCCUCACAAGUUUGCAAAGCCGCUGUAUGGACCGCCUUUGGGUCGCUGGCCCUGUGCUGGCUUUGUUCCCAAAAGCUAGGAAUGACAAGCCUGGUAACAGCUAGUCCGCAACCGCGGCGAUUCUCAGAACAUGCUAACUGGCUUCUUCCCGGACACCUCAUGAUUGGCCGAUAUCCUUAUCUGAAUCCCGUCUACUGCAUGUCCCAGCAGGACGCUGAUGCGCAGUUGCGCAGCUUGCUCGAUGCUGGAGUCACAACCUUCGUUUGUUUGCAGUCCGAGAUACCGCCCCAGAUUGGUGCUGGCGCCGUGUGGCCAAAGAGUGGCGUGCCAGUAAGGGGCUUCGCUGGCAGCUUCAUGCCCUAUGCAGCCAAAGCCCAAAGAUUGGCUCCGGACAAGCCCCUUCAGUUUUUGCAUUGCCCAAUACAGGACUUGAACACCCCGCAGUCCCAGGAGUUGUCCGAGUUGGUGGCCGAUCUCUCUCAACGAAUGGAAGCAGGGGAGGUCAUCUACCUACACUGCUGGGGUGGCCGUGGGCGCAGUGGUGUAGUGGCAGCAUGCCUCUUGGGGCGCUUCUUCAAUCUUCCCCCUGCAGAAUGCUUGCGAGUUGUGCAAGAUGGCUACAGCUCGAGGGGCAGUGAACUUGACAUUGGCGCGCUGGCCAAAUCACCUCAAACUGAUGAACAGCGUCAGUUCGUGAAGCUCUGGCUGACUCAGACGCAGUCAAGCUAG